AAUUACAAAUGAACAUUUGAUUUCAGUGAUUAUGUUGUUUAUGUGAAGCAACCAUUUUUCUAGGUUUCUAUAAAUACAUCAGAAUUUAGUGCAUUCAAAAAACCCGAAAUAUUGUUUCCCAAAAAAGAAAAAAAAAUGGAACGUGAAACAAAAAUAAUCUCAAGCGCAAACGUGAAGCCAUCAUCUCCGACGCCUCGAAAUCUCCGACACUACAAGUUUUCGAUGCUGGACCAGAUUUUCCCGCCAACGGCUCUUGCCUUGGCCCUCUAUUACCCAAACACGACGCAAAUCAACGAUCCAGAUUCGUUUGCUUCUCAAAUAAUGCAGCAGCUGACCCGAUCGCUAUCCGUGAUUUUGACCCGGUUCUACCCGCUGGCCGGGAGAGCGAGCGGAGAGGGUGAAUUCAUCGACUGCAAUGACGCCGGCGUUCCCUUCACGGUCGCUCGUUUCAGCGGCCACGAGCUGUCGGAGCAUCUGGCGGAUCCCCGCCCCGAUCUCCUGCUGCCGUGCGGUACCGAUUGGGGUACUGACCCCGGCCCUGAUUCCGCCGUCGCGCUGAUACAAGUCAACUGCUUUGACUGCGGCGGCGUCGCGAUCGGGGCGGUGUUCUGGCACAAGGUGGUCGAUGCGUCGACGGUGUCGGCGAUUCUUCGGUCGUGGGGUGCGGCGGCGCGUGGGAGCAAGGAGCCGGUUUGCCCUAACUACAUCGCGCAGUAUAUGUUUCCGCAGAAGGAGGAGAUGCCGGUGCCGCUUGGUUCCACCACUGAUAUCGCCAAGACCGGGAAGUCAAUCGUCAGAAGAUAUAUAUUUGACACGUCAGCAAUAUCAUCACUGAGAUCGAAACUAUCCAGUGUGGAACUCCCCUCGCGAGUUGAAGUAGUGUCAGCCCUGCUCUGGAAAUGUUUCAUGUCUGCAUCUCUGGCAAAUGGUAAAUCCACAUCCUUACUCGCACAAACCUUGGACCUCCGCCGCCGAGCCCAGCCGCCGUUUCCCCCAGAAUGCUUUGGCAAUUUCCUGGCGCUGGCGCCGGCGACGAGCACCAACGACGAAAACGCCGAGCUAGGAGAUCUAAUCAAAAAAAUGAGGGACUCUAUAACCAAAAUCGACGACGACUACAUCAGCAGAAUGCGCGGCGAUGAGGGGUUGAUGGGCUAUUACGAGAAUCUCCGACUGAUGUGGACGGAAUAUUCUCAAGAAGUCGACAUUUUGCCCAUUUCGAGCGUAUGUGGUCAUGGUGUUUACGACAUUGAUUUCGGAUGGGGCAAGCCGGUGUGGUCUAGUAGAUGCGAGACUAGCAAUAUUGAUUCAGAGAUGGGAUUGGUUUGGAACAGGAUUUGGUUGACCGACACUAGAUUUGGUGAUGGAAUAGAAGCUUGGGUGAUUCUUGAAGAUAAAUAUAUGUCGGUGUUCGAUCAAGUUGAGGAGUUGAGAGCUAUUGCUUCUGUUGAUCCUAGUCCCACUUUGUAUCUAAGAUCACGAUUUUAAGGAUUUUUUCUUCUUCUAUUGAUUAUUCAAUUCAACCUCAAUUUGUUUUGUUAAUUUUUAUGUAAGUUAAAGGAUGUUUCGUGUGUUUUAUCAAUUGUGU